AAUUUAAAAUAAAUGGUGUAUUUAAUUAAUAUAAUACUGAAACUUUGUUUAUUUUGAAACUGUGUUCCUAAACGAACGACAUGACAUUUUGUGCCGCGAAGCUCAUUCAAGGACAACUUUGUUUUGAAGUCAAGUGAAGAACUCGUAUUACUUUACAUCUAAAAGUGUUAACGGGGUUUACAAUCGCAGUUACAAAACCACUGAAGUUUAGAAAAUGAGAACCAGCCACCCACAAUACACAAUUAUGGUGGAAUUCAUGGAAAAGCAUGGAGACUUGUCUAAACCCAGCGGAGGCCCUCGUGGUAGACACUAUGUACAGCUAAAAUGGAAGGAGCUUUCGGAUAUGCUCAAUAGUGAUGGCACAGGCGACUCUAGAACAGAGGAAAAGUGGCGAAAGGUUUGGAGUGAUUUCAAAAACAACGUGAAACGAAAGUGGGCCAAAAUAAAUAGGUCAGCUCAUGGUACAGGUGGUGGGCCUGCGCUUCAAUUAACAUUAACCGACUUAGAAACCAGGGUUAUGAAUAUAAUUGGGGUGCAGGCUGCUACUGGAAUGCCCAUACAAGAAGCUGGCUUCAUACAGGUGUGAUUAAGAAUUUUUCUUUGUAACAUUUAAAAUGAGUUUAGUUUCAAUUUUUGAUGCACAUAAUUAUACAGUCACAAGCAAAGAUAAUUAUGUUUAUUUAAAUAGUUACUAAAAUUAUAGUUUUUACCUCAGACUGAUAUAAGUCAAGUGUUCAACUUUUGGAUUGUGUACUCAUCAUAUUGCUCAUGACUGGACAUAUAGUAUAUUUUCAUAGAAAUACAAUAAGCUUGGUAACCAUUGAAGAAUUAUGUGAAUAUGAUAUUCAUAAACGUGACUGAAUGUGGUCAAAAGUUUUCUCUAUGAGAAGGACCUACCUCUUUAUAAAUCCCCAGAAUAACAAAAAAGGGUCACCACUUAAGCUCUUUUUUGUUAGUAUAGUUACACUUAAAAUUCUUUUGCAGUGGUGUAUGACUUAAUCUCAUGCUUUUGUUUUUGCCACAUUAUUUAUUUGAAUUAUGAUGCUUGUUAGUCUCUUGAAGUUUGAUGUUAUCUGCAUUAUUGAUUAUCCUCAAGAGCAGACUUUUGAUAAAAAAAUAAACAUAAGUAGUAGUUAGCACUGCUUUGAAACAUAUGAUGUGUGUUCCCUAAUGUAAUUUUUUUAUGAAAAUUAGGUUGAUUAUGUGGAGGAAGAGAGCUUGUCAGGUACUCACCUACAAGAAACAAACACAAAAACAAUAAAUGAAGUUAUUGUUGAUGACAUACCUAUAAAACUAACACCCGUUGCUGACGAUACUUGGAAUACUCCGGGAACAAGUAGCCAACGCUCAAUCGCUCCACCUCCACCUCCCGCGCAUCCACUACCACCUUCAAUAGCUUCAAUGGACACACAUUGGAAGCCGCCGAAGAAAAAGAAGAAAGCCGAUGAAAUUUUAAAAGUAUUUAAGGAGUGUGAGGGGUCCGCAAGGCAGUAUGAAAGAGAGCGUGAUCGAGUUGCGGAAGAAUUAGAAAGAGAGAGGAUUAGACAGCGUGAUGUAGAGCUGCAGUUGCAAGCUAAAUGACUGGAUUUAAAGAAGCUUUGAAGGUAUUGGAUGCAUAUUUGGCGAAUAAAAGUGAAUAAAAUCGGACAUUAUUUGUUUCGCCAAAUAUGCAACUAAUAGUA